CCCCCGCAGAAAGCGGUGGCAGGCGAGCGCAGGGAGCGUGUUCUCUGCCGGCUGCGAGGCUCGGCUGCUGUCCCUGCAGUGCGGUGGCCUCCAGCCUCGCUUAGGCUCUCUGCCGCCGCAGGCGCCGCGCACACCCCUGCUGCCCCAGACGGGCCGGGGAGCGGAUGGGAAUCGCACCCUUCCCUCUGCCCUGCUAGGAAAUCUCUACGCCCCCUCUCCGACUCUUCAGGGUAACUACCUCUCAUCACCUUCCCCGGCACCAGGAAGCCCUGAACCCCUGAAUUCCAUUUUCAGGGUCCACUCUCCGGGCCCCUGACCUUUCUUAUCUACUCCGAGGCAACUCCGUUGGAUCCCUCCAUCGCCAGUUCUUUCACUUUUUUGUUGCGUCCUGGUGGUGGGCAUCUCCCUCCGAGAGGGAAGCAUGGGAGCCCCAAGGGUCCAGGUGCCUCGGGAGGCCCAGACUGGAAGACAAGCCGCCCUCCCUCAUUCCUCAGCUUCUGUGUAAUCAGCUGCCCUUUUGGAAACUGGGCAGGGGUUGUGGCUGGAUGCCGGUGUCACUGACUUGUCUUCAGCAUACCAUGCGGAAGUAACAUGUUCCCAGCAUUGGAAACAGAACUAAAGCAGGAGACUCUUCCUGAUCCCUAUGAAGACUUUAUGUACCAUCAUCUUCAAUACUAUGGCUACUUUAAAGCUCAGAGAGGCAGUUUACCAAACUCAGCCACGCACCAGCAUGUUUGGAAGAAUAAUCCUCGCUACCUGCUGAGUGGCUCUUUUGGGGAAAGAGAGGAUGUGAUACCAGAUCCGCUGCAAAAGGAGAAGCUACUCUGGCCCACCUGUCUAUGUUCAACGGUGCACAGACAGUUAGAGGCUGUGAGCAGAGAUUCCCUCAUGCUUGGUUCACCACUUCUUAAGAGCAGACAACUUCUUCAUGAUGAAUUUGGUGAAGUAAACCCAUGUCUUCGAGAACCCCGAGAUCUCUUUGCUGCCUUCUCCAGCAGUGGGCCCCUGCAGGCUCCCAGGUGGCCAAUAGAAUGUGAGGUCAUCAAGGAAAACCUUCAUCAUAUUGAGUGGGUUCCACCUCAACCAGAAUAUUUCUAUCAACCUACAGGAAAUGAAAAGUUACCAGAAAUUGUAGGAGAAGAAAAAGGCACAGUUGUCUAUCAAUUAGAUUCAGUGCCCACUGAAGGUUCCUAUUUCACCAGUUCCAGAGUGGGAGGUAAGCGAGGGAUUAUCAGGGAGCUUGCUGUCACGCUGCAGGGACCCGAGGAUAAUACUCUCCUGUUUGAGUCAAGGUUUGAGAGCGGGAAUCUGCAAAAAGCUGUCAGAGUAGAUACCUAUGAGUAUGAACUCACCUUGCGAACUGACCUCUACACAAACAAACACACUCAGUGGUUUUAUUUUCGUGUUCAGAACACUAGAAAAGAUGCCACCUACCGCUUCACCAUCGUCAACUUGCUCAAACCCAAGAGUCUUUACACUAUAGGGAUGAAGCCACUCAUGUACUCCCAGUUGGAUGCCAGCACCCACAACAUUGGCUGGAGGAGAGAAGGGAAUGAAAUCAGGUACUAUAAGAACAACAGGGAUGAUGGACAGCAGCUCUUUUACUGUCUCACAUGGACCAUUCAGUUUCCACACGACCAGGACACUUGCUUCUUUGCACACUUCUACCCAUAUACGUACACUGACUUGCAAUGCUACCUGCUGUCAGUGGCGAACAACCCCGUCCAGUCUCAGUUCUGCAAACUCCGAACUUUAUGCAGGAGCCUAGCAGGAAAUACUGUAUACCUGCUCACCAUCACCAACCCAGCCCGGACCCCGCAGGAGGCAGCUGCCAAGAAAGCCGUGGUCUUGAGCGCCCGCGUCCACCCCGGAGAAAGUAAUGGCUCGUGGAUCAUGAAGGGCUUUUUGGACUUCAUCCUUAGCAACUCUCCAGAUGCCCAGCUCCUCAGAGAUAUCUUCGUCUUCAAAGUGGUUCCUAUGUUAAAUCCAGAUGGAGUGAUCGUGGGGAAUUACCGGUGUUCACUGGCGGGACGGGACUUGAACAGGCAUUAUAAAACCAUUCUGAAGGAGUCUUUCCCUUGCAUCUGGUACACCAGGAACAUGAUCAAAAGGCUUCUGGAAGAAAGGGAGGUUCUCUUGUAUUGUGAUUUCCAUGGCCACAGCCGCAAAAAUAAUAUCUUCUUGUAUGGCUGUAAUAGCAACGAUCGCAAGUACUGGCUUCACGAGCGCGUCUUUCCUUUAAUGUUAAGCAAAAAUGCACCAGACAAGUUCUCUUUUCAUAGCUGUAACUUUAAGGUGCAAAAGUGCAAGGAAGGAACGGGCCGAGUUGUGAUGUGGCGCAUGGGGAUCCUCAACAGCUACACCAUGGAGUCUACCUUUGGGGGGUCCACCCUGGGCCAUAAAAGAGAUACUCACUUUACCACUGAGGAUCUAAAGUCUCUAGGUUACCAUGUUUGUGACACCCUUCUGGAUUUCUGUGAUCCUGACCGAACCAAGUUCAUGCAGUGUUUAGCAGAGCUUAAAGAGCUCUUACAACAGGAGAUCCAUAAGAAAUUCAAUGAACUUGGACAAGAUAUGGAUUUAGAAGGAAGUUGGAGUGACAUCUCUUUGUCUGACAUUGAAUCCAGCACCAGUGGUUCUGACAGUUCCCUCUCAGACGGUCUCCCUCUUCACCUACUGAACAUAGCACAUGAGGUGAAUCAAAAGAAGAAGAUGUAUAAGAAGAAAAAAAAGAAGCCACUUCAGACGAGGAAACAGCGAAAUGAACAGUAUCAGAAAAAUAAUUUGAUGAGGGAGUUAAAGUUAAUGGAAGAUGUCCCGGAAAGGGCAGGGUUUGCUUCUACUCUGCAAAAACAGCCUACCUUUUUCAGAAAUUCAGAGAAUGCCAGUUCUUCCACGAUGCGAAAUGACAAACCAAGGUUGAAUGAGCUACGUGGGAGAGACAAGGGCACCUCCCUGGACCCAUCAAAAAUGGCCUCCUUGAUCCUGACGAAGAAUAAAGAGAGAAUGCAGACAGAGAAGCCAGGAUUCAUAGUGUCAUGCUCUCCAAAGAGAAGCACAAAUCCCAGCCAAGAGCCGGUUCCAGAUAUGAAGCCAAACUGGUCCAGGAACAGAUAUCCUGCCACAAGGAGAGGCCGCACCACCAUGACGGUGUACCCAUUCUUGCACAUAUACACAUACCCGUAGGCUGCCGUGUUUUGGGUCAGACACAUUCUGUAAUGAGGGGAGUUGUAUGAUUGGGAGCUACGUUCACUUGCGGUGUACUGUGUUGUGUGUUCAUCGUGCACUGACCUUACACUGUGUGCUCACAUUGCGUGCAAGCCCUCACGAUACAUACCUCAUGAAUUAGAUUACUUUUUUUCACAAAGUAAAAUUUUAUUAUGAUGUAUAGAAAAGCUUCCUUUGUCAGAAAUUGAAGUGUGUGCUCCUGAACCUAGAGCCCAGAUAUACAUUUUAACCAGUAGACAUUCUCUCUAAAAUUAUGUGCAAAUCAAUUUUAAGAGUUCAAAUUCUAUUUUAAACAUAUUCUGGGAGUGUGCUUUGUUCAAAAAAAGUCUUCUGUCAAAGCUUUCUAGCAAUGAAUGGUCAAUGAUUUCUCAGGUUUGCUCAUGCUAAGGUGUUACCACAUAGAGAAAACAAUUCAUGUAUUAGCCGGAGUUUAGUAUGACAUAUAUUAUGUUCAACACGGUUACGUACAUUUUUUAACCCACUGAUUAAAAUUCUUUCUCUC